AUGUUCAUUCAGGCCACGAUCGAAUCCGGCUGUUUCAGUGAACCGUGGACGACGAUGGCGUCGCUGGGGACUAAAGUGGAUGAGCAAGUCGCCAAGGCAGCACCACAGCAGAAUGGCGGCUGCAAGAACGAUGAUUUGCCGCUGGAAGACAUCCAGGACAACAAUAACGAGAGCAUCGAGGUCGAGAUGGUGGUGCCGCCGGACGGAGGAUGGGGUUGGGUGAUCGUCGCCGCCUCCUUCAUGUGCAACCUGUUCGUGGACGGUAUCAUCUUCAGCUUCGGUGUGUUCCUCAACGACAUUGCCGAGGCGUUCUCCGUGUCCAAGGCAAGGGUCGCUCUGGUCGGAUCGUUGCAGUCCGGAUUUUAUCUUAUGGCUGGUCCCUUCGUCUCAGCCCUAGCAAACAGGUACGGUUUCCGGCUGGUAGCAAUUCUGGGAAGCGUGAUAAGUUGCUGUGCGUUCGUUCUCUCGUACUUCAGCACUUCAAUCGAGUUCCUUUAUAUCUCUUACGGCGUCCUCGGAGGUAUCGGGGCAGGCUUGAUUUACGUGCCGGCUGUGAUAACUACCGGAUUUUAUUUUGAAAGAUGGAGAGCUAUGGCCACCGGGAUCGCGGUAUGCGGCUCCGGAAUCGGUGCGUUCUUGCUCGCACCUAUCUCCGACGUGCUCGUCAAGCAAUUCGGCUGGAGAGGCGCUUUGCUUUUCCAAGCAGGUAUGUUGUUGAAUUGCGCCGUAUUCGGCGCGAUGUUUCGUCCGUUGAAACCGACGAGAAUCAAGGUGAAGUCCACCCCCGAGAACGUCGGAUUAGAGAUGAAGACCGGGUUGAUGGGCAGGGGGAUGUCCACGACAUCGUUGCAUUGCGUACAGCCGGGCAGGAGUGGUUUCUUCGGGACAAACAACAACAUGGAGUACCCUACCGCCGCUGAGCUGCUGGGCAGCAACCACAACAUAGUAAACGCCUCGAAGUCCUUGCAUUCGUUGCACAAGCUCCACGUAGAGAUGACGACCUUGGAGAGGAAGCUGAGUAGCUCGGAGAAGAGACUGUCCGUUCCUAUAUAUCCGGAUCUGGACGUGAGCAUAGACGAGAAGACCGCAGAGGAGGAGAACAAUCUUUUGGGCGGCGACGUCGAGAGACUGAACGGCAAGGUACCCACGAUUCGCAGGCACACAAUCAGCGGGCGACGCCUCCGCACGGACUCGGACUGCAGCCAGAAGUCCCUGAAAGUGGGCAACAGGCGGAAUCCGUUCAGCAAAGACCCCCAGAGGCCAUUUUACAGGGACGACAUAUUUUAUGGGGGCUCGUUGAACAGGCUGCCCCAUUACAAGUCCCAGCAAUCGUCCGUUGGCUAUCACAUGUCGGUCACGCGUUUACCAACGGCCACCGACGUCGCGGAGGAGAAGAGCGGAACCUGUUACCUUUGCCCGGAGAGCGUACGGCGUAUCCUCACGACCAUGCUCGAUCUGAGUCUGCUGAAGAGCCCCUCUUUCCUGAUACUGGCCAUUUCUGGCGGGCUUACAAUGAUGGGAUUCUACACACCGUUCAUGUACGUCCCAGACCGAGCUAAAGUAGCAGGAAUUGACCCAUCUACGGCCAUGUUCCUCGUAUCGGUGAUCGGUAUUGGCAAUACCAUCGGUCGUAUUGUUUGCGGCAUGGCGAGCAGCCUGCCCGGCGUAGACGCUUUGGUCGUUAACAACAUAUUCAUCAGCGCUGGAGGACUGUUAACCAUUUUCUCUGGACUGUCGCUCACCGAGACGUACCAGUUCUUCUAUGCAGCCAGUUUUGGUCUCAGUAUAUCUGUUUUCGCCUCCCUGAGAUCGAUCCUGGUGGUAGAGCUUCUGAGUCUGGAGAAACUGACCAACGCAUUCGGGCUGCUUCUUUUGUUCCAAGGUGUAGCGGCUGCCGUGGGCGCGCCUCUCGCAGGCGUGUUCAUGGACGCGACCGGAAGCUACGACGCGUCGUUCUAUCUGUCGGGGAGCCUGAUCUUCCUGUCGGCGGUGAUUUGCUAUCCCUUGAAGAGGAUCAACGAGUGGGAGAAGGAGAACGCGAAGGAAGACGGGAAGAAUCACGUGGAGGAGCCCCCAAAGUCUUGA